AUGGAAAUAACUGCGCGAUACAUUCCAGAAAGUUGUAGCAAAUCAAGAAGAGCUCACCGAGCAUUAGGCGAACCCUCCAGCCAAGCCAAAAAUUUAGCCACCCUGGUCUUUAUUCAAACUAUCCAAUCCAAUAUUUUACGGUCGGCCGUCAGUUUUAAUUCUAGUUGUAAACGUUUGGAUAGUUCGGUAGGAACCUGCAGGAGGCGAUUGUAUAGUGUUGAUUUAAGUUAG